AUGGCGGAGGACGGCGCGGCCGGGCGCCUGGACGCGCUGGUGCUCAAGCUGCGGCACCCGCUGGCCAAGAUCCGCUCGAGGGCGCUGCAGAGUCUGCUGUUCAAGUUGCGGGAGCGGCUGGUGCGCUGGCAGGAGCUGGAGCCGCUGCAUAACUCGCUGGUGCCAGCGCUGCUGGCGAGUCUCGAGCCGCCGCUGGAGCUUCAGGCGCUGCACGUGCUGCAGCUGCUGGUGCAGAGCCAAUCGGAGCUGCUGCUGGCCAGUCUGCAGCGCUGCGGGGCGGCGCAGACGCUCCAGCGCGCCGCCAACAGCAACGCGGAGCUGCGCGCGACGUACGAAAAGGAUGAGAAGUUCAGGGCUAGUAGAGUGCUGGCUGAUAGACGGAGAGGCCCCAAGGUUGACGAGUUGGAAGCUCGAGGCUGGAGGUUCGCUCAGGUGACGCUGGCGUCGGUGGACGAGCAGUUUUUGUUCGAGUUCGAGGUGAAGCUUCAGCUGCGGACGGCGACGCAGGACCUGGUGGCGGCUUGUGCGACGUUUAGGAACGAUUUAUUGAGGAACUUCCCAGCGGAAGUGUUUUUGCAGCGCCCGGCAGUGCUGCAGUAUCUGCUGUAUCUCGUGCAGCAGCCGAUUUUACCCGGAAGUCCGGGGACGAUGAGUGAGCGGAGCGAUGGUAAUGCUGAUGAGUUGGUGGAGCGAGCGAUGGAGGUGUCGAUGGGUGUGAAUUACUUUGACGAGAUGCUGAACUCGACGUUUUCGAGCAAGCGGGGGAAUUUAUCUGGCGCUGUGAUAAUGGCGAGCGUGAAAGCGAUCGAGUCGCUCUUGUGCGCACUGAAGCUCACGCAGAGAACGUGUCUUGACCCGACACAUGUGGUACACGCACCAAGUGUACAUGUCGAGCUGCUUGAUUCGUAUGAUACACGACGGGUAUUGUAUCCGCGUGCAAGAGUGGAAGUUGAGGACGGCGUGAACAGAACGGCUGAGCGUAGACCUGAUGUCGAUCAACUGGAACAGUACUCCUUGAGUGGAGCUAUGUACAAGAUAUUCAUGAGUGUUUUGCCUUUGCUGCGCUCGGCAGGACACCCGCGAUUGCACUUGCUGAACCUUCUUGUCACGGUGUUGCCUGAGUUACCGGAGAGAGGUGGCACCUCAGCUGCAGAGACAAGCAUUCAUGCGCUAGAUAAGAUGCGGCUUGAGCGAAUUUUUGAUGUCCUCGGUGGAAUCUGCCGUCCAGUAUUAUCGGAGCAAGCUGGACCCUACAUCGUUGACCCUGAUCUGGAGUUAACGCACUCAAUGACGUGGAAACUUGUGGAGCUGGUGCUUCAGCUGCUGUGCUUGUAUCCCUCAUCUCGAUAUCGUGCGGAUACGACACCGAGCAAAGCGGAUACGGCUAACAGUGAAGUCAUUCUUAUCCCUCGAGUACUGUGGGACGCUGUAAAAUUAUGGGCAGCUAACCCACUUCUCCCUGAGGUCGCUGCCGAAGAGUGGAAAGAUAAAUCGCUCGUCCAGAAUCUGUCCAAGAUUGACGCGACGAUCCCUGCAUUCGUCAAUCUGAAACACUCGUCGCAACAAGACGCAAAGAUGAUUAUGGAGUUCGUGGAAUUUGCCAAGGCUCAUCGUGAGCAGCUUACGGAUUUCGGACCCUGGGAGAAGCCACCCGUUGUGAAUCUGGAAGUUGCACAGAAGGCUGUUCAAAUCAGAAGCGUCUUUGACAGUGCAGAUGCUGAGGCAAUAGCAGAUGCCACUCUUCAGGCGAUCUGGCCAACAUUGUCUGGAGGUAACAAGCAAAAAACUCUAUCUGAAAGUGAUAUUGAGACUAUUCGCUUCAUUCUGUGCGACCAGCUGAGUGGGCUGGGUGAGAAGGAGACACUGGUGGUCGCCCACUUCUUCCGAGGCCUCGUGGAUCUUUUGAACGGGAUCAGCAACGAGAUUAACGGCGUCCCGGCUGAGCGUCGACGCCAAUUUGUCAACGAGGUCAUGUGUGAACCGAAAUUUCUCACGCUGUUACUUCUUGUCCUUGCCAGACAAAACGAUGACAACCAGUUGAAUAGCGCAGCAUUCUGGGAGAUUUUACGCUUCGCAUUGAACCAGCUCUCAGUCGCAUCGAGCGAUAAUUUGGUGCAGCUGAAGCCCGUGAUUCCGUUGCUCCAGCACUUCGCUUACAUUGAACCGUCCGAAGGAUCCUCGCCACAGCAACGCUCGACUCAGCCACAACUAGCUGAAGUCCUCAAUAGGUUGGAGGCAAGUGCCCCUGACAGCGCGAGGCAUAUUCUAAUCAGCCGCUGCCUGCUCCAUGAAUCUUCGUAUAUUCGGAAAGCGGCAGCUUCGGGAAUUAUUCGGCUGGUGACUCAUAUGAAUCCAUCAGUACUUGACUGGAUUACCAAUGAAAAAGAAAUUCGUGAAGACCCGUUUGGCUGCAGCUUCGUCCGGGAUGAUAAGCGAUUAACACUCGAGACGACGCUUCUGGAGUCACCGUUGCUCGUCACCCGCACCUACGACUACCAACCUAGCGAAAACGAGCUCUCGUCUCAGUUGAGCAAGUUGACUCAUUUGCGCAAAGUGAUUUCCGGAACGUCUUCUGGCUUCGAGAGUAUGAGAGAGGCCGCGUUCAAAGAGCUUGUGAUGCUCAUUGAAAAUGCACCGGUGGAGUUGUUCGCUCUGUUCGAGGAACUGGAUAAAUUGUCCGAAUUUGCUGACAUGGUUCGUACAGUUCUCCAGUCCGAAGCUAGUCGAGUGAACUCUACCAUGGUUCAGCAAGCUCUCCUCUUGUUGAGGACAUUACUACUCCGCAGCCGCCUACUGCGGUCAGCCAUGCAGCGCGAUAGCAACAUGAUGCCGUUUUUGCUGCCGUUAAUUUUCCACCCGUCCACAGCGAUCCGGACGCAGAUGUACUACAUCAUUCUCCUGUUGACGUGUGCUGCAGAAAACUUCCUGCCUGAAGGAGCACCGGUGCAGCUUGGAAUCGACAAGGAGGCUGAGUUCACUGGCGAAGCAAAACUUCCUGAAAUGAUCAAGCCAACAUUUGGGUUGUACUCCGAUCGUUGGGCCCGUUGCUUCAUUGCCACUUGUUCGCUGAAACAACAACUUCAGGCGAGCUGCGCGCUGUUGACGAAGCGAGCUGAUGCGUCGUGGCUUCAAGAUGUGAAGACAAUCAUCAACCAGACCCCAUGCCGCUCUGACGUAACAAGCACCACCCCGUUUUCUUCAUUACUCGAUGCAGAGUAUACCCUCAUCGCUGAAAAGGUUCGCGACGCACCAUCGCACGGGAAGUGCUUAAACGCGCUCUAUCACUUGUUGACGAUUUGCGAAGCUUGGCGUUUGGCUCGGGAGCGCUUCGUUGGCGAGUGGGAGGCAGAUUUUGAAAGGUACUUUGCUGUGCCUCCCAAAAGUGAACGAGACGAGGUGAUCAUCGGUUCGCUCGUAAACACGCUUAGUGUCUUGUUCUGCUCCAUGACGAGAGGACAGCAGUUGCGGGCGCUUGUCGUUGUCAAGCGCAAUAUCCUCCCACUGCUGAAAAGGUCGCAAAGCAAGGCGUUCUCCCUGCAAGUUGCGCGGUUGCUGCUCAACGUGAGCGAAUCCAAGGUGGGGGAUUUGUUUUUGUCUCUGGCCGCUGAUACCGACAUCAUCGCGAUUAUUUGCACCAAGUACUCGGCAAUCUACGCAACGGAACCAGUCCUUCACGCCAUAAUGCUCGAGGUGCUGCUACGGUUUGCUAGACCCAUGGACGAAAAUGCAGAUACCCGCCUGUCACCGUCUUCUCGGGAGAAAAUCUGCAAGCGCCUGGCGGAAAUGCUGUCGCCGUUGCUCUCGAUUGUGUGCCGUCACCGCGUUCCAGGCUCCUUCAUGGAUCGGGACGUUUUUGCCAUCGGAGCUCAGUGUAUGGUAGCCAUUCUGCGGACGCUUCCGCGCGAGUCCCUGUUGACCAGUGAUAGCCCUCUGCAGCACACGGAUAGCAGCAUUCUUCUGGACGGAAGCUGGGCGUCUCGCUUUCUUUUCGACCACGUAUCGCCCAUUCGAGAGCUUGGGUUUUUAGUGAUCGAGCAUUCUGCGUCCUUGGAUCCUCCAUCGUCUCGAUUACUGGAGAUGGCUUUUGAGACGUCCACAGAUGAUACGGAGUCCGAUGCUGUACGGGCAGCAGCCUGCCGUGUUUUGACCAACGAAUUGCAUCGAUUUGAUGAGUACCCCCCGGAUCAACGGACUGCGAUGGUGGAGAUUUUCCGUGGGACCAAGUUUGCUGGAAGGGCGCUGCGCUCACUGUCGAAUGCUUUGAAGAGCCCCAAGCUAUUUGCUCGCACUGCAAGUGCUUUUGCGCGGCUUGUUCGAGUACUUUAUAUACAAAAGGAAAGCUUGGUGGCUCAGCUCGGUGAUAUACAGAAGGAACUGGAGGUUGCUGGAGAAGAGUACGAUAUCUACCCAGUAUUGGUACAGGCGCUAUCACUACGAGAAUGGAAGGAUAGCUGCAAUCGAUACAGCUCGAGUUGCAUGCUCCUGCCUCGCUGUGAUGAAGACGCGUGGAGCUGUUCGCUUCUUCCUGCAAUUUUGGAUUUGAUGAUCGAAUUGCUGAAUCUCUUCCAGGCUGUGUGUCGUGUUGCCGGUUAUGAUCAAGUGAAGUUCUUCCUCAUGCAUACGACUCUACAGUAUCAAUUGAUGGAGCUUGUCGGCGAUCUUCACGCUUCUUUCGACGACACGCUGCCAAAAGCUACAAAGCGAAAGCAAUACGAAGUGCUGGGCCUGUGUGGUGGAACGCUCAGCAUUCUCUUGGUGAAAGCCUUUGAACAGCAUAGCGAAUGCGAUACAAAGCAGUUCGGAGCUCCAAGGACAUCAGAAUUCGGGGCGAAUUUUGUCGUUGUGGUGGAAAAACUGCUUGAGCCUCACCACCCAAUCGACUUCCGGGUAUCGUUCUCCCGUGUUGUCCCCGCGAUCUCGCUGUUGAUUCCUGGAUCGUUGAAUUCUUCAGAUGGAACGGUUAUCAACGCACUGUGCUCUGCCGUGUUGGACCUUUACCAAGAGGUCGCCGAGUUCAGGCCAUUGAGUGCAGACACCACCACUGCCGCCCAGUCCGAAUUGCAGGGCCGUGUGUUUCCUAUGGCAUCCAUUCGGCGGGUCGCAUGCGCACUCCAAGUACUGCUCGAGACAUGCCCCAGUCUCCAGCAAUUCGUUCUGAUGAAGCGAGGUCUACCGUUCGCUCUGACAUCCAUCAAGGAGUCUUUUUCAGCCAUUCGCAUUGCCGGUGGAUUUGGCGGAAAGCGAGCGAAAGGCAACAAUUCGAACACACAGGACGCUUACGUACUUGAUCUAUGUGGACGCAUCCAGACUCACAUGGAGGUCAUCAGCGCAAUCGUUGGGGGACACGAGGAAAACCAGCGGCUCGCCAAGACUGAAGGCCUUCUUAGUGUGAUACUAUCGAAUUGGAAUGUGAUGAAGGCGGCCCACGUCCGCGGGUCGCAGCUGCUGUUACGUGCGCUCCACCUCUUUACGAACUAUGUCUACGAAAACGACAGUGCCAGAGCCUCUAUGCUUGUUUCACUGUCUUCUGGAUCAGGUAAAACCUGUGGUGGGGGCACUGCGUUAUUGCCUCUGCUGUUCGGUUUGGCAAGCUCACGAGGCGAAGUGGCACCGCCCCAUCGCCAAGUAGCAAACAGCGUCAUCCAGUUAUCUGCAGAAGAUGUGGCGUUGAGCAACGCUGCCUGUCAAGUGCUGAAGGCCGUUAUGCUCAACACCGAGUGCGUGCUGGCGUCCGUGAAGACCGGCUCGGUAUCCAAGAUGGUGGAUUCGCUUCAAGAUCGCCUCAAGCAGACCAGACAAACGAACAAGGUGAAUCGCUUUGAAUACGAGAACCUCGCUCACAUGCUCAGCGUGCUUAGCAGCAUUGCGUGCAACGAAGAGGGUGCUCGGGUGCUUUACACAAGCUGGGCCACUGUGCUCUCACUUGUAUUCGAAGACACGAUGCAUUCGACCGACGCGCUUGUUCGACGAAGCGGAUGCCUGCUAAUGAGGAACCUUGCCCUCUCUCAAGCGACCAAGAACAACUUUGGCAUGUGGGAGGAACUGCUUGACGAGGUUGUCGCGACGUCAGCAAGGGUCAGCACAGCGCAAGGUGAUUCAGUCGCUCUGCAAUAUCUCUCAGCGACGCUUUGGUCGCUCUGCUGGCUUCCCAACAGUCUGGUACGUUAG